UGAGCAUUAUUACUGUCAUCGUGGUAUAGAGUGUACGUGCUUGGAUUUGCCAUUCAAUGUGGGAAGGUCGUGGAAGUUCCUACUGAUGCACCCAGCAAUAAAGGACGGGUGUGGUCCACACGCAGAGCAGAGUCAUGCCGCCGUCUGCGUGGAUCCACACGUCUUCAAGAGCCAUCUUCCUAAGUGGCGUAGAAUCAAGCAACGGAGCAAGGAUGACGAAACGAAAUUGUUGGGAACGGAUAUCGAAGUCAGUCCGAAACAGCCUUCACAGCCGAAGAUUCUCAACAGAGACACCAGCGCACGCCCUCCAGGUCGUACGCGAUCCACAAGACAACAUGAGGUUGCAAGAUCAACAGAACGUCGUCCGAACGUCCAGAGGAACUGUUCAAGCGCACAAAGACACCAAGGGGUCCGUCAUCCUCGACUGUCCACAACGCCACUAAUAGUGACCGAGGCAAAAAACUUGUCGCAAAGCAUGUUCCCCAACAGUAGCGAAGAACUGAUGCCAGUGAACCAUUUCUACGAACUGUCACAGUCAUCCACAGAGAACGUCCUGCGGGGAGAAGUUUCCAAGAUCGGUGUGACGGGGCAGAGCAAGUACAUGAUCGCCAUUCCAAAACCCGAGUUGAUAGCGGUUUCAGCUUUGCUUCUCUUCGUCACCGUCCUCUUCUUUGCCAUUUCAAUGCAUUCCUACACCGUACCACAAGGCAGCCGUGCGAGGAAAACUUCGUUCUUCAAAGGUGGGAGACACUCGCCAACAACAAACUAUUCCAUAAUCCGACUUACCGUGGACCCGAUACCGCAGACACCGCUGCAGGACCUGCCCAGCGUGUCCCAGGGUCUCAAAUCGCCUACUGCCGAUCAAGCACGUCGUAACGUUGCUGAACAACAAGUACAUGAACGUCAGCACUGAAUAAACUAUUCAUUACA